CGCGCAGCUCACCGCAUCUAUUUUUAUAGCUAAGCCAAGAAGAUGGCAUUCCCUGUGGAUAUGCUGGAUAAUUGCAGCCAUGAGGAACUGGAAAGUUCUGCUGAAGAUUACAUGUCAGAUCUUAGGUGUGGGGACCCUGAAAAUCCCGAGUAUUUUUCUCUUCUCAAUAUUACGAUUCCUAUUAGCCUGUCAAAUGUAGGCUUUGUACCUCUUUAUGGUGGUGAUCAGACCCAGAAAAUCCUUGCUCUUUUUGCACCUGAGGACUCACUCACAGCUGUGGCACUUUACCUUGCUGAUCAGUGGUGGGCUAUUGAUGAUAUUGUGAAAACAUCUGUACCUUCUAGAGAAGGGCUUAAGCAGGUGAGAACUCUUGGGGAAAGAGUGGUUCUGUAUGUUCUCAAUCGAAUUAUUUAUAGAAAACAGGAAAUGGAGAGAAGUGAGAUCCCAUUCCUGUGUCAUAGCAGUACUGAUUAUGCUAAGAUACUGUGGAAGAAAGGAGAGGCCAUUGGGUUUUAUUCUGUUAAGCCUACAGGAAGCAUAUGUGCCUCAUUUCUUACCCAAAGCUACCAGCUGCCAGUUUUUGAUACAAUGUUUGUAAGAAAGAAAUAUCGAGGCAAAGAUUUUGGGCUUCAUAUGCUGGAGGACUUUGUUGAUUCCUUUACAGAAGAUGCAUUGGGUUUGCGUUAUCCACUGUCCUCUCUCAUGCACACAGCUUGCAAGCAAUACUUUGAAAAAUAUCCAGGAGACCACGAGCUUCUUUGGGAAGUUGAAGGCGUUGGUCACUGGUACCAGCGAAUACCAGUCACCAGAGCAUUACAGAGAGAAACACAUAAAAUUGCAGCAAUCUCUCAAAAUGAAGCUAAAAGACCUAUGUCUGGAGAAUAUGGUCUUUUGCCUGUUCCAGAAUAUGAAGCAGAAACUGAAGACAAUCAGCCUAGUGAGAUGCACUUAACUAUUGAUUCCCUAAAAGAUGCCUUUGCAAGUACUUCUGAAGGUCACAAUAAAACACCGGUUUCCACUCGUACCCGAAGUAGUCACCUCAAGAGGCCAAAGAUUGGAAAACGGUUUCAGGAUUCUGAAUUUAGUAGUUCUCAAGGUGAAGAUGAAAGGAUUUCCCAGACUUCACCUACAGCUUCAAUAAACAAAUUGGAGUCUACUGCACGCACAUCAGAGAGCUCCGAAGAAUUCAUGGAAGAACACGAACAGGGCAUGAUUGAAUUUGAUGAUGAGAGCAGUGACCGAGAUGCCCGACCAGCACCCGAAGCCCAGGCACGCUUGGAGAAGCAAGAUGGUGAAAAGGAGUCUGAAUUGGAGCCUAUGAAUGGUGAGAUUAUGGAUGAUACUCUUAAGACCUCCCUCACAACCGAAGAGGAAGACUCCACUAGUGAAGUUUUAGAUGAAGAGUUAAAGUUGCAGUCUUUUAAUUCCAAUGAAGAGUCCACAAAUCUUGUCCCAACAGUGGUAGAAUCUUCAAAACCCCCUGAGGCUGUUGCACAGGAUAAGACCUCAAAUAUAACUGACUCAGAAAUACUGCUAGAUGAAGGCCCAUCUGAUGAGAAGGGGCACGCUGAAGAGAAAUCACUAGUUUCAAGAAAGAAAGCUCAUUUUGGGAGUUCAGACAGUGCUGCUACUAUGCCGAAUGAAGAACGAUCUGACAGUGGUUUUCCAAGCUCUGUGAUAGCUGAGUUUUCUGAAGAAUCAAUCUCUGAAAAUUUGUCACCCCACACUACUUCCUCACUGGAAGACCAGGGUGAAGAGGGGGUAUCUGAGCCCCAGGAAACAUCUUCUGCUCUUCCUCAGAGUUCUUUGAUAGAGGUGGAACUUGAAGAUGUGCCAUUUUCACAGAAUUCAGGACAGAAGAAUCAGUCAGAGGAGCAGUCCGAAGCAUCUUCUGAGCAACUAGAUCAAUUUCCACAAUCAACAGAAAAAACUGUGGAUAGCAGCUCCGAGGAAAUAGAAGUAGAAGUGCCUGUUGUAGACAGGCGGAAUUUAAGAAGAAAGGCCAAAGGGCAUAAAGGACCUGCUAAGAAGAAAGCCAAGCUUACAUGAGUGAAGAAGAAAUAGAGAUGAUCAGUUCUCUUCUUUGUAACAUAAUUGUUGUUUUUAAGAUAUGGCAAUUAAUAAACAGCAUGGGGCAUAGGACAAAAGUUUCCAAAAUUUCAAUUUGAACUUAUUUAUGAUGCAGUUUUCCCAUCCCCAUAGGGCCUAGAAUCACCAUUUUUAAUUUUUUAGGGUAUUUUGUGUAAAUAAUUUUCUUUUUAAUUUUUAUUAGCCAUGUUUCAAUUUUGGAAAACCAGAUCAUAGUAUAUUUUAUUUAGUAGUUGGGGAUAUCUGACCAUUAUUAAAAAUAUAUAUAUUAAAAACUUUGAAAGUAGUAGGCUUUCCAUUACUUGUAAGGAUCACUGAAAUCUUUUAUACAAAGGGUUUUAAUAGUAAACUUGGUGAGGGAUCUAGAAGUUUUAUUUUAAAUAUCAAACUAGUCACCAUUUUUUAAAAUGUAGGCAUGCCUAAACAAAAAUGUCAGUAAAUCAGAAUAAAUAUAACUCAAUGAGAGCACAAAUAUAGAAAUUUAGGGUCAAAUGUUUAAAGGUGAUAUUUUGGCUUCUUAAUUCUAGCUGUACAUGCAGUUUCUCCCUUAGACUGCAUGCAGUGCCUGUGGGAAGGUAGACCAAAAUUUGUAUCUAGUUCAUUCUUUCUAACACCUGAUAUUAAUACUUCUAGGGAUUUAACUUUGUCAUGUAGGUACUAAUACAGUUAAAAUUUCUUUUGAAGUAUUACUUUGCCUUAAUUUUUGUCUCUAUAUAUUCAGAUACAAGUUUAAAGGGUAUACUCUCACCUUUAGUUAAAUAUUCCAACCAAUACAAUUAACUUGAACUAUCCCGUUGUGAUCAGAGAAAUAAGCUGGGGAUUUUGUCCUCAUCCAGUUAAUGUGCACUCCAGAGGUAUGAAACUUCUUUAGGCUUCUUCAGUGUUUCUGCUGGCUUUAUUCAGAGCCUUAUUAAAAAUUCCCCUUACUUUUCAUCCACUUUCUUAACUCACGGAGUGAUACCAGUCAAAAGAUCAGCCUGCCUGCCAGCGUCAACCCCUGGCAUCCAUUCUGAGGUAGGUUUGUAAUUCCAUGCUCUUAUCUGAGGUAGCGGAAAUAAAGCUGCCUUAAGACCUAUCAUUACAAGAUUGGAGGCUUCUGUUGUCUGCUACGUCUUGCUAACUUCAUUUGUUCUGAGGAAAAGUUUGCAGAUAGCCUGUAUGCAUAUAGUGUUGCCAGUACAAGCCUUUGCCUGAGAAAAAAUGCAGAAACCUCAACUGCUAAUUUUUGAAUAAUUUAUUUUUAAUGAACAAAGUGGUCUUAGAAUCCAGUCUCAGAACAGUCCUCCUCCUUGGAGGUGUUAAUGUGUACACAAAUGUAUCUACAUUGGCGAAUGCUUUCUGACCAUUUAGAAUAACAGCUUAAUCCUUACAUGGAAAAGUGUUAUGAUUUUGUGAUAUUGGGGUGUAAGGCUUAAUGUUGAAAAUUUAUUCAGUCCGUAGGCAGAUGUUAAUUUGGGGGAAGAAUGUUGGUAUUUUAGAAAGACCUAAUGAGUUGAAUUAAAAUCUUGAAGGAAGUAAUAUAGCAAACACUCUUUAUUGGUGGAGAAUUUUGAAACUUUAUAGUCAUUAAAUUUUCUUUAAUUACUAGUUAGUGGUAAACCAGAUUAUUCACUCAAAAUGAAAAUUAGGGCACUUUUGCCAUUUGUUUUCUCAACAAAUGCUAAGUGAAAAAAUAGGCGUGACUAAUAGGGAACUAAAGAUUUAGUAAAUACUUAAACCUUUCCACUUUUGAUUUCUUAAAAUAGAUUUACAAACCUAACACUUAUUUUACUUUUUGCAUUCAUCGUUUUCCUUGAGAUACUUUAAAGGGUCCAAUUUAAGAAAAUUGAGCUGAAAACUCUUGACAUAGAGUCACUAAGUCUAUCAAAAAUAAAUGGUAUUCCUAUGUGAUCACUGGGGACAAAUAGUAUAAACUUGUUUGGCUUAUUCUGAUUAAGUACAUUUAAGCAAUUUCAAGACAUUUUGUUCCGCACACAAGAUAAUUUGGUAUUUUCUGAUAGGAAAUGUUAUCUUGGUAUUUAUAUGGUAGAGAGUUCAGUCACACAAAAGAACCUAAUAUUCAUCGUCAGUAUCUUGAGUUCUAUAAACAGUGAGUAUAGUUUAUAACAAAACUUAUCUGCAAAAGGAAAUCUAAAUAAACCUAGUUUGUGCAGGCAUUAAAUAACUACCAGAAUUAGAGAACUGAAAUUUGAUUUCAACCAGCCCGUUAUAGUUUAGUGUCCAGUCACAUUCCAUAGUCCUUUGUAAACUGUUACGUCUUGGUGGUGGUGAAGGGAGUUUACUUCAGUUUGUGUAAAUACAUGUAUAUUUCCUUGUGUGAUAUAAAGCAGAUGGUUAUUAGGAAAAUUUUAGUUCAGCUUUCAAGUUUAUUCAGUUGCUAGACAUCACAGAAAUAAGUAUAUUUAAUAAUUUCUUGUAAAGCUCCUCUACAACUUUUAAGGUGAAAUAGGGUCUUUUUUUUUUUUUUUUUAGAUCAAAUAGCAUGAUAGAACGACGUCCCUCUCCCACCUAAAAUGAGUCUCUUCUCAUGUUCUUUCCAUUCUGUGCAAAGAAUUAUCAAAACAACGGUAAUUAUUAGUGGCUGAUGGUUUACUUUUAGCUGAUUACCAGAACAUAGUCUAAAGUGGUCUCAGUGACUUUGGAAAAAUCUCUUGAGGGUUAAUGAUUGCAUCAACUUGAAUCUUUACCUAGUAUCUAUCUGCUCUUAUGUUCUGCUUUACCCUUAGGAAUUACCUUCUAAGGUUUGGUCACACCAGCAAACUUAUACAAACCUUACUGUAAAUAAAGGGUUUAUACUAACAUCACUCAUCAGUGUAAUAGAAUUUUAGAGACUUCUUGUAUGUCCAAUAGUAGCAAUAUGGCAAUUUAAGAUGUUACCCCGUCUUUCAUGAGUGUGACUAGUUACAAAUAUUAUGCUUCUGUUUGCACACUUGAUACCAAGUUUUCUUUGUACAAGUAAUUUGCUUAUUUUUUAUCUUACAAAAUAAGCAAGAGCUGUUUUGUAGUGCUUACCUUUAAUCAAUUUUUUGUUGUUUAACCUUCCAAAACCUAAGUCAUUCACACAUUCCUCAUUUCUCUUAGUGGUAAAAUAUUUGUUAAAACCUAAUUGUAAAGUUCAACUUCUGUCAUCCUUAAAAAAGUGAUUUUAUCAUACUGAAUUGUCAUUUCCAAGAAAGUAGGCUUUUUAUUCCUAAGUGUCAGUGUUCUUAAACUUCGAUGUUUAUAGAACUUAAAAAAGAUGUUAACCUUACUCAGAACAGCAAGUCUUACUAAAGUUUGUUUUUCUGGUAGUUUCUGUUUUCAUAGUUUUUCUUUUUUUUUCUUCUUUCUUUUAAGUUUAAAAGCAGUGAUUAAACCUUCUAUUUUGUGAUUGUUU